AUGCCGUCGCCCUUGGACGCAACACCACUUCCAGCGCCUGAGGGCUCUAUACCAACCGCUGUCGCUGGACAAGACUCGUCUCUCUUGAAAGCCCGUGCCAAUUCAGCUCCAGCCAGCUGCAGCGAACAUAUGGCUCCCGUAAUUUUCGACGUAGCCAUCAAGGGCGACAAAGGCACUUCCAGCUCCCAGAUGGGGUCGGCAUCUUCUCACUUCGGCUCUAUCAGCUCCCGGCCCAGUUUUGUUGACUACCAAGCAACAGCGGUGAAUUCACCGAUGAGCAGCGAGGCAUACCCAAUAACCUCUUUCGGAGCCUUCCCCAACACAAUAAUGCACCUCCCGACAGCAGUGGGACAUCGAUCCAAUCGUGCCUACGACGUGGACCUGAAGCAGGCGCCUGCAGUGUUUGACUCGACUUCCUACGAGUCGGCGUACGGCAAAGUGCCUCUAGGCCUGGGCGAGAACACUAUCAGUCCUUCCUCGGCGCUGGCUGCAGAUUAUUCCCAAUCGAGUUGUGAUCCCAGUUCCGUGCGUGGUGUCGGAAACGGGUUCGGGUAUAACAAUAUCUUCCAUCACGCCGCUGGGAACAGCAUAUCCAACGCCACAAGUUUUCAGAACAUGGGGCUCCUGGAAUUGGAAGCGUCAGAAGCAAUGGGUCCAAUUAUAAACGGUGUGACCGGAGCUCAACCCAUCCGCACUCAUGACGUGACGACAUUGGGUGGCACCCCCAUCAAUUCUUCCCCAUAUAUGGCUGUCGGGAGUGUCGACUCAUUUUCCAUCGACUUGAGAAACGCCGAAAACAGCAUGGCGCCUCUGGAUGUUGAUUUCAUGACCUUCGGUGGUUGGACAGACAACUUCUGGCAGGCCCAGAAGGGCGCGAAUAUUCGGCCAACAUCUGCUACGCGGUCAAAGAGGCCGCACGGCAUCUGCUCCGACACUCAGACGACACCAGAGGUAUCUGGUCCUGCGUCCGAGGUGGAAACUAAUGUCAACUCGGAGGACGCAUUUCCCGUCGAGGAUGACCUUUCCUUCCUAGCGGUCGUGGUUCAACAGUCAAGGGGCGAAAUCGAUAAUUUAAUGCGAAGGAGCCAGCCCCAUGACGGAGAAGCAACUUCAUGGAGCGUCGAGGAUGAGGACAGUCGUCUAGCCUUUAAUGCAACGGGCAGCUUGGAUGGCGGCAUGGGAGAUACGCUUGAACGCCUCCCACUGAAGGGGCCCAUGCCGGCGGAUCUAUCCAAGUCUGUGGCCGGCCACACUCUAUCGGAGCUCGGUCUAGAGUUAGAUCCCACCGUUGGCGCGGCCGAGCUGGGGAGGCGGCGUGAAUUAGUACUGUAUCAGCUUCGCUUCGACGAGCAGAACCCGGUGACCGUUCCCGUUGUGGAAGUUGAGGAUCCAGGUAGCAAGCCAAAGACAGCAAACAUUGUGGAUCUGUCGGAGAGAAAGGAUGUGGAAGAUAUUCGACGGUACCUGAUGGCACGAAACACGGCCAUUUGCGCCUUGGACAAGAAGGUGGACCUGAGGCGAAACAACAAGGCCGCGUAUAGGAGUCGCAAGAAAAGAUAUGAGGGUCUCGUCAAGUACCGAAGAAUGUUUCACGAAACGGUGGCGGCGCUUCGAUACUACAAACUCGUGGCAGCCAGCGAAGGCCUGGACCCGGCUUCAUGGGACAAGCUGCCCGAAUACGUUCGACAAGACCUCGUGGGGAAGGUACUGGAGGAGGCGGCAGCAAUCCAGAAGGCGCGGGACAAGGCGGCCAGGAAGAUUGUGUCGGCCCGCAAGGUGGCCGAAAACGAGCGUUCGCGAGCAAUGCAGCCUCAGCGAGAGCGAGCCGAACUCCAGCUCAUCCGACGGGCGCGGGAUGCGCUCGCAAGAGGAAUCAGCGUCAAGGAGUGGACCAAAAGCGAAAUGCGCUUCGAAUCGCGAGCUCGUGCCGAAGAAAGGUCGGCAGGGUUGGCGGCGGACGUGGCGACACCGUUCCUGGCUGACGGCUCCCCUCAUUAUGACACCAUAAAGGGCGAUGACGACGACCGAAUGCUCGAGGUGGCCGGUCCGGAUUCGUGA